GAAAAGGUUAACCAACUCUCCUAAGUAAGUAAUCCGUUUUUAUGUUUUUUUUAAACAUAAAAACAAUCGCUUUUGUAUUCCCCUAAAUCUGUCUUUAAUUUGUUUCUUUUUCCUUUUUCUUUUACUUUUGAUUUAAUUAAUAACAAUGUUUAUAGAUUGAUAGUCGAUAGAGAUGGUGGCGGUGCAUGAUGCAUGAUCAUGAAUUUAUUUAAAUCCAAUUCCUGCACUGUAAAUGCCAAUUCCUGCCUGCACUGUUUUCCCUUUUAUAGCAGCAAUAUAAUAUAAUUAAUUCUUUCAAGUUCAACUACUUUUUUUCUUGUUAUCUUUUCAUAUGAUGUUUUGAUUCCAUCUCUCUUCAAUGAUUGCAUUUUAUUACUGUUGCUUAGUUUCUGCCGUGGUCGGAGUAGUAGUAGUUUGAGAUUCUGUUGCAAGCUCAGCUACUCUUAUACUCGGACAAGAAUAUUUCCCAACAAACAUAGAGAAUGGUGUCGGAGCAUUCUCUCUCCACCCCCCACCACCACCACCCUCCUCCCACAAAGUUCUCCACUUCCUUUGCCAACCGUAUUUUCUCAGAUGUUGCUGGUGACAUCACAAUCAUUGUUGAUGGAGAAUCAUUUCUAUUGCAUAAGUUCCCCCUAGUCGCUCGAAGUGGUAAGAUCCGUAAGCUCGUUGCUGAUGCCAAAAUCAGUAAUUCAAAUCUAUCAAAGCUGGAACUCAAUAACUUGCCUGGAGGCCCCGAAACAUUCGAACUUGCUGCCAAAUUCUGUUAUGGCAUGAAUUUUGCUAUCACAUCAGCAAAUGUAGCCCCUCUGCGCUGCGCUGCUGAAUACAUGGAAAUGACUGAAGAUUAUCGAGACGAAAACCUCAUCGAACGUACACAAACCUAUCUAAUCGAAGUUGUAUCUCACAGUCUUCAAAAAUCAGUCGAGGUUCUAUCUUCCUGCGAGAACCUACUACCACUUGCUGACGAAAUAGGAAUUUCAGACAGAUGUGUAUGUGCUAUUACGACGACUGCUUGUAAGGAACAGCUUGUAUCAGGUUUAUCUCGUUUAGAUUGUCACAGUGGAUCUUUAGAGCCGAAAGGUAGGUGUCAUGAGUGGUGGAUUGAAGAGCUUUCUGUAUUGGGUGUCGAUUUUUAUCACAGAGUUAUUAGUGCAAUGGGACAGAGUGGUGUGAGGACAGACAGCAUAGUUGCCUCUUUGAUGCAUUAUGCACAUACUUCACUAAAGGGAAUUGGGAAGCCACAUUUGUGGAAUCCAGCAAGAACAAAUAACCCUGGCUUCGUCGAAAACGCCCAGAAAACCAUUGUCGAAUCUCUUGUAACUCUGUUACCCACGGAGAAAAGUUCCUCCGUUAUUCCUUUGACUUUUCUGUUUGGGAUGACGAGGGUAGCUAUAAUGGUGGAUGCUACCUUAGCGUGCAGGAUCGAGCUCGAGAGAAGAAUUGCUUAUAGAUUAGAAAUGGCAAUACUGGAUGAUCUGCUUAUACCUUGUGUCCAAACAGGUGAGUCCUUGUUUGAUGUGGAUACCAUCCAUCGGAUUCUGGGUCAUUUCCUCCAACGCAUCGAAGAAGAAGAAGAAAACGAAGAAUUCGGAUAUGAAUCGGAUGGGCAUGGGUCCUUGUUAAAAGUUGGAAGGCUUAUCGAUUCAUAUUUAGCUGAAAUCGCUCCUGACCCGUAUUUGAGCCUUGCAAAGUUCAUUUCCAUGAUUGAAGUACUACCCGAUUACGCUCGUGUCAUUGAUGACGGGCUUUACAGGGCUAUCGACAUCUACUUAAAGGCACACCAAACGCUGAACGAAAACGAAUGCAAGAAGCUGUGCAAGUUCAUAGACUGCCAGAAACUAUCGGAAGAAGCAUGCAACCAUGCAGCACAAAACGAUAGACUCCCGGUCCACUUGGUAGUUAGGGUUUUGUAUUUUGAGCAGCUGAGGUUGAAGAAUGCACUGUCAGGAAGCUGUGGUGACGGUUUGUUAUCGCAGAAGAUAAGCAGUGGGGUUGCGAGCGCCGCAAUGUCACCACGAGAUACUUACGCUUCGCUGAGGAGAGAGAAUAGGGAGCUGAAGCUGGAGAUAUCGAGAAUGAGAGUUAGGCUGAGCGAUGUUGAGAAAGAACAGUUGGUCAUGAAACAGGGGAUGAUGGAUAAGUCUAGCCAGGGGGGGAAGACUCUGCUCACCUCCAUAUCUAAAGGGAUCGGAAGAAUCGGUAUUUUUAAGGCCCAAAAUCAAGAUCAACACAACAAGCGUGGCAAGAAGCUCAAAUCAGCUGGCAGGGGUAAGAGGCACUCUGUAUCGUAGCCUAGUUCUGUGUACUGUGUUAUUUUCACAAAAUGUGAUAAAAUGGAAAAUGGAUAUGCUACAAUUAUUUAUUUUUUGUGAUGAAAAAAAAGUACUUGUUCGAGU